AGAAAAUGGAAAAUAAGGAGGAGCGCAAUAACACGAGAAGAGGGGUUCUGUUGUUGGAUCAGAGGAGUUGGGCGUCGGUGGGGACGGUGGUGGCGGGGGGAUGAGGAGGAGGAGAAGAUCACCGUGGCCGAAGUGGUGGCGACGGUUCCAAGGAGCGGUGUCGAGAGAGUAUGAAGGAGCGGAAAAGUAGUUGGAUAUGAGUCGCCGCUCCAGUAGCAGAAACAGUAGCGACAGGUGAAGAUAAUUGAAUGUCGGGUCACUGGUCGCUGCGAUGACGGCGAUGGGAGGACAGGGAGUAGGCGGUGGAGGAGGGAAGGUGGAUUCCACGGCGCUAGCCAUGGCAGGGCUGGGACAGGAAUACGGUGGUAGCGAGGGGCAAUCUAGCGGUAGCGUGGGUGGGAUAGGCUGCAUGUCGAUGCCGGGGGGCUCUGGAGAUCUGCAGCAACAGCCGCAGGAAACCCAACAACAACAACAACUGGCGCCUGCCGCACCGGCGAAAAAACCUCCACCGAAGCGAACCUCGACGAAGGACCGACACACCAAAGUGGAUGGGCGCGGGCGUCGUAUUCGCAUGCCCGCGACGUGCGCAGCGCGAAUUUUCCAGCUCACUCGUGAGCUUGGUCACAAAUCCGAUGGGGAGACGAUCGAGUGGUUGCUCAAGCAAUCCGAACAAUCGAUUAUUGCUGCUACUGGAACAGGUACCAUCCCAGCCAUCGCAUCCUCCAUUCAGGGGUCAAUACGGAGCUCCUCGAGCAUGACAACGGCUGGGAGAGCUGGACUGCAUGGUAGCUUAGGCUUGGCUGGUCCGGGUGGCGGACCGCCAGCGGAAGGGAUGCAGGGUAGGAUGCACCAGGAACAGGCACAGCGAGGGAGGAAUGAUUGGGGGCCAAGUGCAGAAGAUCGUGUGAUGGAAGUGACACGGGCCAUGGAGGCCAGUCGGCGGAUGAAUUUGGGGCGUGGGGAUCCAGGCAUUAGCCAUGAUGUGAUGUCCGGGUUCCAACACCAGGACCUGGUGGGAUCGCCAUCCGAGGCAGUAGAGGGCAUGGAAUCUCCUGAUAGCAUGUUACGGAAGAGACCCAGGGAUGGACCUUUGCAGAGCCGAAUGAAGGAAGACCCUGACCAGCAGCAGUCGUCGAGGCCUGUGCGAGCCACUGCUAGGCAAUCCUUGCAGCUGCAGGGAAGACAAGGGCAGCAGCACCAAGGAGGAGGCUCCUCCGGCGUGAUGCCUGCCGCAAUGUGGGCCGUGGCACCGGUAGGAACAGGCGUGUCCAGCAGCGGAGCCAUGCCGGGGACGAUUUGGAUGCUUCCUGUGAGCGCAUCGCAGGGUGCACCGACGUCAGGAGUGAUGCCGGGGCAAUCUGGGCAGCAAAUCUGGACGUUUCCGACGACGUCGGCGCAGUAUCGAAUGACUGCAGAGGCGGGGACGUCGAUCCAACUGGGCCCUGGAGGUAGUGGCGGGAGUGGCCAAGGUAAUGCUCCCACCUCCAGCAGCAGUGGUCAGGCGAUGGUGCCGUUGACGGCUUCAGUGCUGCCCAGUGGGGUGGCACUGAUGCCGCGGAUCAAUAUUCAGGGAGGUAUGGGGCUGGAUCUUCAAGGCGGUCAUAUGGGUCAUCACAUGCCGCUCGGGUCUAUGUUGUUGCAGCAAGGGAGCCAGCAGAUGCUGGGCACUGGAUUAGGCCUUAGUGGCGAUGGGCACUUGGGGAUGCUGGCUGCUUUGAAUGCUUACAGCCGCAACUUGACCCCUGACCAUCAAUCAAUGAGUGGCUCUGGGCACCAACAGGGCGACAGCGGCGACGAUCACACUAGUUCACAAUAGCUGUCCUUUCCACUGUUCCACAUUACGACGACGAUGACGACUAACAACAACGACGACGUAUUUCUUCACUCGUCUGUGAAGAAGCUGCCUGAGUUUGGUGCUCAAGCUGCACAUUUAUCAUGCGCGCAAGUAUUCUCUCUUGCAAAGACCACGUCCGCAACCAUCCUCAGGCAGCCCUCAGGAGUGACGAUGACAGUUUUCUCUCGUCUAUCUUUUUUUAGAUUGAGAGCUUGUAUCAAAAUAGGGCGUCGGUGCCAUACCUGGAUAACUUCUUACGGAAAAAGGAGAAAUGAUGACAGAGAGCAGGUGUGGAGCAUGCACAGUGCUGCCGUGCGACGAUUUCACGUGUGGCAGUGUCGCCUCUGCUGUGCUGCCAAUGGUACUGGGGAAAAAAUAACAAAACAAAACAAAACAAAACAAGGAGGAAUUGAGGUUGCAGUAGCAACGCGCUCCGUUGGGGGAUGGUUUGUCGCUGGGUCUCGCUCUCGUCUUCUGCGGCGUGGCCAGGAUUCUGCAUCCUCUCUACUCACAUCCCAGGACCCGUUAUUUUUAUUUUUAUGUUAUUUAUUACUCAUAAUUCAUCAGAUCUAAAUGUUUCAAAAAGGUAGCCAAACCACUGCGGUUGAAACAGGUUGUGUUUUUUUCUUCUAGUGUCAAGUAGGGGUCAUUCUUUGUCAACGUUCUGACAGCCAUUGGCACUGUCGGGGCUUAAUAAUACUCUCUCUCUCCCCUCGAGGUCAGGGAUUUGCGCACUUGUCGCCUUCCAGUAUGAGUUUUUCCUCUUCCUUGGCUCGCUGUGUCUUUCUUUUUUCUUUUUCUUGUUAAACAGUGCGCACCCUUCAGGGACGUUCUCUUGGGUUUUGUCACUUUCCUUGGCUUGCAGCUCCCUAUCUCUCUGAUGUUAUGAUCUUAGUUUGUUGACGUCCUCGUUCUCUUUUGGACCCUGUCAUCAUAGUUUCGUAGAUGUCCUGUGUAGAAUUCUAGACUGAGAUCGAUCUUGUGUGUGUGUUCGAGCAGUUACGCUAAAAGGGUUAUGAAUGAGGAGGUAUAAUGCUUGACGUGCCCACGUUGCGUAUCAUUGUUCAUCUCUUUUGCCUGUUUUUAUCACUCUCCUCUAGCCGUCCAGAGUUUAUGUUCUACUGUCAAUGGGUCUCUGUUUUAUACUGUUCUUCUGUUCAAUCAAAAGACGUACACUAGGAGGAAUUCGGUUCCAUGCUUUCCAAGCCGCUUCUAGUGAUAGUUGUAGAUUCUCUCGCACUUUUGUUUGACUCAAGUCUCUUGAAUUAAUUUAGGAAAACCUGGGAUGAAACUGCUGCAUAACUUGUACGAUGUUUUCCUUUCCUCGUGCACAUGACAAUGACCAGAGGGACGAUUCGGCCUUGGUAAUUACAUAAAUUUCAAUCCGCCCUCAGCAUGGAGUUGUAACUUGUAACAUUAGUAGAACAAAAUCCGGGACAGUUCUUUCUGUUCAAGUGCAAAGAUCUCAUUGUCUACGGUGCAGCUCGGGUUAUGAUGGAUGCUGACGGAGCUAGUGAAAUUAGUGCAGUGAGUGUUUCUCAAUACAUGCUUGCUUAGUGAAUUUUAUUUGUCAAGCGUUCUAUUUGUUCUUUUUUUUCUUAUAAUGUAGUUUUUAUUUGAAAGCAA